AUGCUGUACAAAUUGGUGGUGAUGGGCAGCAGUCAGGUGGGCAAGACCGCGCUGACCGCCCAGCUGAUCGGGAACUGCUUCAUCCCCGACUACGACCCCACCAUCGAAGACUCCUACCGCACCCAGCUGGUGGUGGACGGCGAGCCCUGCCAGCUGGACAUCCUGGACACCACGGGCAACGAGGAGUACCAUGCCCUCCGCCAGGAGUUCAUGCGCCGCGGGCAGGGCUUCCUCUGCGUCUAUGCCGUGGACGACGUCAAGUCCUUCGUGGACGUGAACAUCUUCCGCGACCAGCUGCGCGGGAUCAGAGACACCGACCGCGUCCCCCUGGUCCUGGUGGCCAACAAGACCGACAAGGCCGACUGCCUGGUGACCCGGGAGCUGGGCCAGGAGGCAGCCAAGAGCUUCAAGGUGCCCUUCGUGGAGACCUCGGCCAAGACCGGGUCCGGCGUGGAGCGCGCCUUUCAGGAGCUGGUGCGAGAGAUUCGCCGCUUCAGCGUCCAGGAGCUCAAGCACUGCCGAGAUGCUGAGCACGACCAGGGCUGCGGGUUCAAACCUUGCAAGGUCAUGUGA